GAUUGGCUGUCACCGUUGAGCCCUGGUCACAGAGCUGCUUGAAAAGCAGCCAGUCUGAGAGACGCCAAGACUUCACCUGAACGUGGACUUUCAGACGCACCACCCCAGAGACCAGACCAGACCAGACGCUGCAGCUAUCAUGGCCGAGAAGUUUGUUGGGACCUGGAAGAUGGUGGAGAGUGAACAUUUUGAUGAGUACCUCAAGGCACUGGGCGUCGGCUUUGCCCUGCGGCAGGUAGCCAGCAGAGCCAAACCGAGCUUGACCAUCACCAUGGAUACUGAUGGAACCAUCACCAUGAAGACUCAAAGCACUUUCAAAAACACAGAGGUCAAGUUCAAACUGAACGAAGAGUUCGACGAGACCACCGGUGAUGACCGAAAGACCAAAAACGUCAUGGCGCUGGACAAGGGCACGCUGGUCCAGACGCAGACGUGGGACGGCAAGGAGACGACCAUCGAACGGGAGGUGGGGGAUGGCAAGCUGAUUGCGAAAUGUAAGAUGGGGGGGGUGGUGGCGGUGAGAACGUACGUGAAGGAGGCGUGAGGAGGAUAUCACAGCGGAUGUCAGCGGACGCUUGUGAUGUCUUACGGAGUGUGUUGGGCAGCUUCUGACGUCUGCGGGAUCUGAAGAACAGAGAGCCAGGAGAGACGGAGAGUUUUGCUCAUUGACCUCUGUGGAUCACUGAAACAGCACAAUGAAGUGUGUGUGUGUGUGUUGGGUUGGGGGGUUAUUCCACUGUGUAUCAAUGGUCAGAAUAAAGGUCAAAUUGUAUUAUGGGCCCCAAACUGUAACACAAAUGUAGGUUUGAUUUACUAAAAUAAAUGAAAUAAAAGGCCUUCACUCC